UCUGCAUCCGAGCUCUCUGGUUCUCGUCGCCGGUGAAGCCGGUUUAAUAAUAAAUCAGGCCGAUCGGAUCGGACCCCAUCAAGGUACCACAGAAGAUUAACAUCGUUGAUGCAACUACCAGAACUAUUCUUGCUCAAAUUGAGGACCAUCCAGACGCCUGGCGUCCAGACGGCAGGACACCAGCCCCCCCCCCACCUCCUCGGAGUGAUCCACUAAAGCGCAGACUUCCAUCGACCGGCAGACGAUCUGAGGACAUUAAACUCCAGGGAUUAUUUCCCCAUCAGCGUUGUCGAGUCGUGCGGCUGUCAGAGGCCAUGAGUAGCUGCUGGGGAGACAGUUUCCAAAACCCUCUGACGUGGAACACCUAAAAUGGGGAAAGGACUUGGCGCCAUGCUGCAGGCUCAGCUGUAACUCGUUCCGUUCACGCCGCUCUCUCCACUCGGACUCGGCCCGCUCGCCGCUGACCCGCCGCCCUUCCUGUCUGAGAACUUCUGCCUCCCUCCCUCCCUCCCUCCCUCCUCUCUCUCCCUCCUCUCUACUGAGGCGAUCUCAAACGCUCUUCAUCCCAACCAUGGCCAGCAGACCCGGCUCGUCCCCCCGUUGGCUCCCCCUCCUGCUCCCUGCGCUGCUGCUCCUCCACCUGCCCGCCGCCGUGGAGGGGGACUGCUGGCUGAUUGAAGGGGAUAAAGGCUACGUGUGGCUGGCUAUCUGCAGUCAGAACCAGCCUCCGUACGAGACCAUCCCCCAGCACAUCAACAGCACGGUCCACGAUCUGAGGCUGAAUGAGAACAAACUCAAGGCUGUGCUCUUCACCUCCAUGUACCGCUUCACCAACCUCACGGACCUAAAUCUCACCAAGAACGAGAUCAGCUACAUCGAGGACGGGGCCUUUGCUGGACAGGCCAACCUACAGGUCCUCCAGCUGGGCUACAACAAGAUGACCAACCUGACUGAGGGCAUGCUGAGAGGUCUGGGUCGAAUGCAGUGCCUCUUUCUCCAACACAACCUUGUUGAGGUCAUUGCCACCAACGCCUUCUGGGAGUGCCCGAGCCUCAGCAGCCUGGACUUGUCUUCCAACAAGUUGGCCCGUCUGGACCCGUCUACCUUCACCGUCCUCAACAGGCUGCUGGUGUGUGAGCUGGCAGGAAACCCGUUUCACUGUGGCUGUGACCUCUUCAGCUUCCUCACCUGGCUGGAGGCGUUUAACAACGUCACGCACACCUACGACCGCCUCCAGUGCGAGACCCCUCUGGAAAUGAACGGCUACCCUCUUCUGAGCCCGGUGCCCGGACACGGAAGAAAUGCCCGUUACACUCUUUUAUCCAUGUGCCGGGAUGGUGUGAUAAUACCAGGGAUGACUUCCCAGACACCAGAUCAAGAUGGAUCUGGCCUGGGCUUCGACAACCCCGACCAAGGUCUGUACCACCAACCGACCAUAUCGUCCACUGCUGACCCCACCUACACCCAUCAGAUAUCCAUGAAGCUUCAAACCGUUUCCCUCUACAGCGCUACCCUAAUGGUGCAGAUCCCGCGGCCGUACAGUAAGAUGUACAUCCUGUCACAGUAUAACCACAGUUUUGGUGAAGACAUCAAGCCCCUUAAAAAAAAGAAGGAGAUACUAACUUUGGACAAAUUGAAACCACACACAAACUACACCUAUUGUGUGGCUUCCGUAAGCAAAUCCCAACACUACAAUCACACCUGUCUGUCCUUUACCACACGGGCGAUGGGACCAGAGGACCCGCGAGUCAAUCCAUCCACAACUACCCACUACAUCAUGACCAUCUUGGGAUGUCUGUUUGGCAUGGUCAUUGUGCUCGGAUUGGUCUACUACUGUCUCCGACGGCGACGCAUCCAGGAAGAGAAGCAGAAGGCUAUUUGUGUGAAGAAAACUAUUUUGGAGAUGAGGUACGGUCCUGAGGCGGCUGCUGCUGUGGCUAAUGACCCUGGCGCCAUGCAGCGUCUCCAGGAUCAAGCUCAUCACCAGCACCACCAUUCAGGAGGAGCAGGAGGCAAGCUGCCCCCGUCUGCCUCUUCUAGCACAGGCAUGCUCCACGGUUCCGCCAACACCAGUUCGUCCCGCCUUUCGACCUUGCCACAGGUGGAAAAAAUGGCCAGCGCCUUCUCUGAGGCAAUGGGUGGCAAGGGCAACUACAUGGAUGUGAGGACGGCGGGAGUGGCAGGGGAAGGAAGGGAGGUUGGGCUGGGAGCUGUCGGAGCAGUGAUCGGAGGGGAAGUAGUUGCGGACAGGCGAGGAGCUGCUGAGAAUGGGACAGAGGCGAGGGAGGAUUCAGAUGACGAUGGCCGUGGCUCAGCAUCGGAGAUCUCCACUAUCGCCAAGGAGGUGGACAAGGUGAACCAGAUCAUCAACAACUGCAUCGAUGCCCUCAAGCUGGACGCCUCUGCUAAUGUUGUAGCCACGGCUGACAAUGGCAACCCUGCACCCUCCUCCCAGCCGCAAACUUGCAUUGCGUCCCUCCCCCGCAACCUCUUGCCCCUCUCUCCAGGUCACCUUGGAGAUCAGAUCAUGGCUUCCUCUCCAAAGGUGCAUCCAAAGACUCACCCCCAGCCUCACCCUCAGCCACAUCCUCAUCCUCAGCUCCAUCAGCAACCUCACCCACCUUCAAUGGCGCCGGUGCCCCUUGUCAUGCCUCUCUCUGAGCGGCCAGGCAUCAGCGGUGGGGGGUUCCUCUCCCCUCCAUACCGUGACCCACCCCCGGCUAAUGCAGUGCGGCCCCUCCAGAGGCAGUUGAGCGCCGACACUUCAGUGGUGAAGAACCGUUGUGGUGCCCCGCCUGCAGGACCGCUCAAGAGCAACAGGGUGUACAGUGUCGAUAUCCCUGAGCAGCGCAGUGAUCCGCCCAAGUACCCAACAGAAAAAGGCAGCCCCGUCGGUUGUAGCGGAGGGGGUGGAAAUGCAGGAAAGGGCAGAGUAGGGGGCUGCAACGGGAACGGGAUGGGAAACAUAAAUGGCGGUGGAGUGAGUUUGAAUGGGGAUGGGUUGGGGUGUAGUAACGGUAGUGGAGGUGCAGGUGCGGGUGUUGGCCCUGGACUGCAGCAGCAUCACUUGGAGGUUCAGCCGGACUACCACAGCUCCGAGCACCGGCACUCUUUUCCUGCGCUGUACUACGAGGGUGGCAACGACUCGCCCUCAUCGGCCCAAAAGGUCUCCUUCCUCAAGCCACUGGGCCGCACCAAGAGGGACGCCACAGCCGCCUACUCCCAGCUCUCACCUUCUCGCCACCACAAUUACAGCUCUGGCUACUCCUCCAGCCCUGAGUAUUCGUCUGAGAGCACACUGCGGAUCUGGGAGAGAUUCCGACCUUACAAGAAGAGUCCCAGGGAAGAAGCAUCGUAUAUAGCAGCAGGCCACGCCCUGCGCAAGAAGGUGCAGUUUGCCAAGGACGAGGACCUUCAUGAUAUUUUGGACUACUGGAAGGGAGUUUCUGCCCAGCAGAAGCUGUGAGCAGAGGACGCUGAGUUAAAUGCUGUCAGGAAGAAUGUGAGGUUGGAUGCCAACAUCAGACAAUGGAAGAGGGACUAGGACUAGAUUUUAUUGUAGCAAGAUGGACGAUGAUGGUGACGUUUCCACUGACUGGCUCAUUGUCCUGCUGAGAUCCAGAGUUAAGGAGGUACUCCCUGGGUGAUUUGGAAUGAAAAUGAUUCUAUAACAAUUCAUUGAUGUUUUGAGAUGUUGUUUCUGAGGUUGGCUGUGUUCAGCACAAUAUGAUAUGUAAGAGAGAUAAUUGUUCAGCAUUCUAGCUCUUACUGGGCACUUUGGUCCUAACAGGCUUCCGUAGGCCCGCUGAAUCCCCACUAAUGAGCAAAGAAAAGGUGGUAACGAGCAAUGUCUUCUACCUCAUCAUACACACCCCCACCUCCCCCCAGCACACACACACACCUUCUCUCCUCGGUUCUAAUCCCAUCAAACCUUCUUUCACAAAACAAUCAUUUCACUGCACCGCAACACCUGCUCUCCUAUAGAAGCACCAUUUAGGGAGAUAAUGAGGGAGGGAGCAGGAUGAGGAAUUAGGUGCGUUUGUUUUAAAGUAGCCUGAAUCCCCCUCUUUGGAGGACAUUAAAUGAUACUAAUUGUUCUUCCUGAGAAAUAGCCAGUGUACGAGUCGGUCGGGGAGGGUGUGUGUCGAGCAUGCUUAUCGAUUCGAAACACCUAACUGCAUACGUCCCCCCGUGUGAGGGCGUAUAGUUCGUGCAUGCCGGCGUGAGUGACUGUGUGUGGGCUGGGAGAACAGGGGUUGUGGCUGGGUCGCCCAUUGUUCUCAGCCUCUGUCUUGUAAAGUGGAUAGCUUAGUGGAGAUGCUUUGCAUACAGAUACGAGUCCGGUUGGGGAGCUGUGUGUAUGAGUGUACAGGAAUAUGUUUGGCCCAACCCGCCUGUCUGUCUAUCCAGAUAACGGGAGGUAAGACCCUUCAAGAGCUGCAGGCCUUUUUCCCUCCCAGCCCAUUUCCUAUUUUACAGGUGCAGCAAAUUUCUUUUGAUGUGGGAAGCUAUGAGCCAGGAAAUCUACAUUUCAAUAGUGUGGGUCACGCCGCAUGGGUUGUGCAAGGUGGCAAGACAGGUGUUAUGUGCUCCUAUAUUAAAGUAGCUGGUAAUUACAUUUUUUAGUAGUGGCGUAUUGAGAGCAGGUUAGAGGUUGCUGCACCUCAUUUUGAGCAUGCAAGUAGUCAGGAGACCAUAUACGGCCCUUGUGUCUGCUCAAGGCAAGGUUGCAACAAAGUCCGAAUAUGUCAAAUGCUCCCUCCAGUACACAGGGAGAUGCAAUUGAUGGUAAGCGGAGUGAAGGCCUGAGGCAUAUACUCCACCUCAGACGGCAUGACUCAGUAUGAGCCCACGUUGCUCCGGGCUGCAGCCUGACACGGACCGAAGUGCCCUUCAGAGGUGUGUUUCACAAGUUCCUGUUAUAUUUAUUGCAUUGGUCUUUCUCUUUUUAGUGGUUAAUAGAAAAAAAUGCAGAGACAAUAGCUGAGAAUAUAAUUGGCUGGGUAGAUUUUUGGUUUCUUUUGUAACAUUUGGGUUGAAUUUCAUGGGUGUGGCAAUGAAGUCCGUGGAAAGGAAGCGGAGCGAGGCUUGGUACUAUUACAAACCAUACAACAUGCUUAUCAAACGUUUUGUUUUUCUUGCAUUCAUGCAAAGAACGUACUCAUACACAAGUGGCACAAAUGCAGAUGAUUAGUACUUAUCAUUCAUGUAAAUGAUAUUCAUGCAUCAAGAUUCAGCUGUACUUCUUUCCUGGCCAGCAUUCCUAACCCAAGCCCUUCUACCCUGACCUCUCUUUCUGUAAUGGGAAACAUCUCCAUCAAAAUAAGGUAUGAAAUGUAUUUUAAAACGCCUAAUUAAUUCACUCCCCUCCGUGUUUUUCCCCCUGCGCGCCACCUCUGUCUAACUUAAUGGGGUAAAUUAAUGAGUCAUUUGCGGAGGUUGAUGCCAAAGCAUCAUCUGAGGUCAGAGAAGCGUGCUGAUUUUAUUAACUCAACGGGGAGCCUGAUUGAAAUUAACGGCGGCGGCGGCCUUCCUCACUGCCUCUCUCGUUUCAUUCUUAGACCUGCUGGGUGCAACCUUUCUGUUCUGCCUCCUUCUCUUGCAGACACGAGUGAUCCUCAGUAAAAACAGAACCCUAGAUCAGACUUCAUCAACUUGUCUCUGCAGGUUUUCAGUGGGCGGAGAUGAGCUGGUUCGGGAUCUAGCAUCUGGGCGCUAUUCUUUAUCGCUCAGGAAGGACCAGUCUAACGGAGGUCACUUAUCUCUAUUUGAUUUCCCACGGGUAGAACUUGAAAAUCAUCGUGGCGACACAGCUUGAAUUCACCCGUCUUUUUUCAGGUGUGAGUUGUGUGGAAGCGGAUGGUGGAAUUUACUCUCUGACCUACAAUGACCUCCCUCUACAAAAUGGGUCUCUCUUCAGGAUGUCAGCAGACAGUAAAAGAAGACAUAAUGCAUUAUUUCCCAAGGAACCUUUUCACAGCAACGUCUGUUACCUUUGAUAACCAGGAUCAUUUUUUUAAUAAUAAUGUUUAGUUGCUGUGAGAACCCGAGAGCUUCACCUCAGCAGUAAACUAUCUGAGCCGCUUUACCUCAAGGACUUAAAGAGAUAAUGUUUUAAAUUUGCAUCAGCCAACCGUUUAUUUCUGCAGUAGUGAUGCAGCCACACUGUUCAGCUUUCUGUUGUUCAUUUGUGUUUGACGGGAAUGAUGGCUUCCCCUCUGACCUCUCUCUGUCAUCCGUGGCAGGCGAUCCGUUAGACCCACCAGCGCUCACAAUGGGAUGUCGAAAGAGCUUCAUUACUCUGCUAUCGGAUCAAUAGGACUUCAUUUUGGUGGGUGAGACCAAAUAAAAAGACAGAGCAAUCUCCCCAUGGCGCUCAGUCGGACAGCUUUCAGUUGUUCUAAACAGCCCAGUUUUCUAUUUUGGCCCAUUGUUCAAAUUCCACCGGCGGCUCCCGUACAGGUUACGUCCACAGAAUCAGUCCGUUAGUUUUGGAGCAGCACCCAUGAGCUAUUUAAAUAACGGCAUGGCUUCAUUUGAGAUUUGAGAGUGGGGGGAAUAGUGUCGGGGUUACCGAAUUACUUGGCCUACAGGGUUUUUCAAGGGUGUGUCCAACUAGAGAGCUCUAUUCAUCUCUGUCCAAUGGUCCGGAAUUCUCAUUUAAACCCAAAUACUUUUACUUAAAUUUGUAAAGCCACAGCUCACCGCUACAGUACCACACCGCCGAGCCUUGCUCCUCUUCCUCGGUUUGCAUAUUCUUUCCUUAGUAUGUAUUCAUCCACACAAUGUUUUUUUUUUAAUGUUUCACUGGGCAACCAAUGAGGGAAGGCUGACUCCAGCCCUCAGGAGCCAGAGUCCUCAAAUUGAGACUGAAGGAUGUACAGUGGCGGAGCCGCAGGGACCGCACGUGUGCUUCCCCUCCAGGCGGCCCAAUUAACAGCAAUGAUGAAUCAAUGUGAGGCGAUGGCUGACAGUGGCAGGCUUCCAGAGGAAAACAUGAUCGGGACAAAUUGAGACGGUACAACCCGUGGCAGUCUCUGAGGAGUCAAACCUUCUCAGUCCACAGCAGUGACUCCCAGAGGACCUUUGGAACCGGUGAUCCUGCAUCCUGCUUUGAACAAAAUCAUAAAACCAUCCAUCCAACUCAUGGCUUACAAAGAGUCUACAGAGAAAUGAGUUAACGUGAGAAUAACGGUCUCUGUAAUUAACUGCUGCUUUGACCGGAACAUCUCUGGCGAGGAGGCAACCCGCUUUUUGUUCAUCUAAGAACGAGUGCGGAUAAUUCAUGUAGGUUUCACACUCUUCUAGACAAUAUUGCUGCCGGCCUCGGGGACUCAUUUCACUUGAGGCUCAUUAAAAAACACCAAUGAAGGGUCAUGAUGCUUUUGGAGUUGCACCUGCUCUCCAUGCAGACCUUUGGCAGAAAAACCGUAUACAUGCAACGGUUCCCCGGGAAGGGCAGGGAGGUCUCUUUGUCCCGGUUUCAUUAAACCUGUGAAUACACACGGGAAAGGUUUUCAGUGGAAACAUGGACUUUGGUGCUGUAAGCACGGAAACAUUGUCCCCUUCCUCCCUCACCAUUAACAAGUCUCUUGGAGUUCAGUGUCUGUACAGGGACAGAAACCCAGCAGAAUGUCCCCAGAUAUUUAACAUACAACUUUAUCCCCAUUUAAAAAUCUCCCCCUGUUCAGCUUAACAUAAUAACAUAUUUAUGUAAAAUAUACUACCUUUCACAUCAGAUACAUUUCAACAGCUGCAGUUUGGUGCAAUGUGAGGAUACUUAUGUUUGUGCUACGAUGGUACAGGGAGGGACGUCCUGUUUUCCACUACAGAGAUAAACGGCUACAUUUAUGUUCCAGCUUCUUCAUUCAAGAUGUUCUCCUGGAGAGUUCUGUAGUUUAAUUUACAUACUGCAUUUCUUCCAAUGCCUUAUGAAGACAAUAAUGUGCCAAUUAUUGCCCUUUUUAAUUCAAUUGUGGUACAGUACACUGUGUUCAGUUUUUAUCCACGUGACUGGACUGCUGCUGUACCUUCGGGGGAGGACUCGUCUCCAUCUGUGGUGAAUUUCGGUAGGCAGAGCCAAAGGUCUCGAUCAUGAGAGGAGAACCUCCAGUUUGAGGGACUCGGCGCUUCUUCAAGAAGCUCACUGGACCAAUGAAGCAGGCGGUAAGUUUCAGAAAGGUGGCCAACUGUGACGGCGCAGAUAAUUCCUACACAAACUGGCCAGAGUCAUGUAAAUGUUUACCUGCAGACGACCUCAAAUGUGCACAAAUUCACACGGCUUUCGUCUGACGAUAUGCGUGCUUGUGCCGUUUCCAAUUCUCCCUGGGAGCUUUAGAUUUAGCCGUCCAUGGACACGGCAGAUACCUCGGCAGAGGGGUUCUCUCCUUGAGUGAAUUUCACACUUGAUAUUAGUGACAGGACAGGACGUCGAUGACUCUUUGGCUCUGUCUAGAAGAAAAGACCUUUUUUCCUUUCCGAGAUGCCCCUCCUUGACAUUUUUGUAUCCAACUGUAACGGCGGAGAGGAAAUGGAACCGGCGACCCGUCAGCGUGAGACCAGCCGAGCUGACGAGGGUCCUGGCUAGUUUCACUCGCCCUAAACAGGAAGCAGAACCGCGUUCCAACCGUGAACAAUGACGUCUGUCUGUCGAGUCGUUUACGUGUCUAUUGACCCGAUGCGUUGGUCAUGUGACUCACCGCCCCCCCCCCACCCCCCCGGAUGGCAAAGACUGAGGACGGAGGGGGUCCUUGUGUGGGUCCAACAAACAACUGAAGUGGAGGAGUUUCUACCGGAGGCCAACUGUGACAAACGCACACUCUAACACAAUCACACGCGCACACACACACACUAAUGUAGAGAAUCAAUGAAUAUACUGUACGUGUUUGAAUAGAUUAGUUACACUAUAUGGACAUGAAAUGUGACAACACGCACACCAUGUACUUCUCCAUGCAGAACACACACACCUGCCCACACAAAAUAUGGACUUCUUUAUAUCCGCGUUUACAGACACACGUGGUCUUAAAAAGUGCCAAAACGUUGAGUUCAUGUGCAGACGAGAGGAACCAAACAUCUGUAGAAAUGAACUAAGUGUCUCAAAGCCUCAGUGUACUUCAUGCUUUCUGUCAUGUGUUUGUUUCUCUGUACAACCAAUGCUUUCUUUUUGCUCAACUGUCUUUAUUAUCGGCGCUUCCCAUUUUUGUUAAAAACGCUGUGUGUGUUGGUGUGAAGUUGCUCAAUGUGAAUGUCACAUCUGGAGUUGUCAUGGGUUCUUCUGAUCUGUCCGACUGCAAAAAAACAAAAAGGAGACACAUGCUAGAUAAGAUUUGAGAAGAACAGAAGAAGCCUUUGGAUCUGCAGGGACCUCAUAUUUAAAUAAACUAACAGCACAGUCUUUAUCCAACCGGGAGAACCAAUUAUCUGUAAAUAUUCAGGAUUACAAUCAAUUAUCUCCUGAAAAGUACAAAAUCUUUGUUGAAAUGAGUCAGUGGGAGGAGGACGGGUCCCAAAACCAUCGAUGAUGCAAACAAGUGCUUCCUCUGAGGUUCGUUUGUGCAUUUGCUCGUCAUUCAGGCCAAAGUGGUUCUGUAGUGCGUUUUGUUUUAUUAUAUUAACCUGCAACCGUAUCCAGGAGAAGAGAGGUUUCCCCUUGAAGUGUAAUUGAGCAGUGUGGGAAGGCAAUUUUGUGGAAGACAGGCUUGUCCAUCCACAGACACACAACACACACACACACGAAUGCACACACGCGCACACGCUGUGUUGGAGGGCUGGAUAAUACGCCCGUCAGCGCUGGCCUUUUCCAGGGCCUUGUUUGUCAGGCGAGCCGGAGAAGAGAAAACAGCAGGGAGAGCUCGAGCACGUCCUUUUUGGGAGGGUUGGACGUCUGUGCGGUGAGAAUUCGUUUUAUCCUGAGCAUCGUGUGUGUGUGUGUGUGUGUGUGUGUGUGUGCGCUCGUCAGUGCUGGUGUGACAGUGUGUGUAUGCGUGUUUGUGCUUUCAAAUAACCUGUCGAGUCUGACGGUGCAGCUCUGCACGAGUGCCUCCUCAGCAGAGAAGCAUCCAUGAUGGCAUGUGUGUGUGUGUGUGUGUGUGUGUGUGUGUGUGUGUGUGUGUGUGUGUGUGUGUGUGUGUGUGUGUGUGUGUGUGUGUGGGAUUUGCUCCUGACGGAGUGACUGCUGCGUUGUGAGGAUCUCAUUUCAAUUAAUCUGCCUGCAGUCUGCCGGCUUCUCCAAUAAGUCCAAGCUCAUUCCCAUACAUACUGUCAGUCACACACACACACACACACACACACACACACACGCUCGGUGACACGGGGAUUGUAAUUGUAUGCUGUCCACUUAGCACACACACCACUGGCACAAAUGCACUCUGAAUGCAAACAAACAGAACAAAUGAACAGUUUUCGUGCCUCACGCAGGCAGUUUGUAGUUAAGCACAUGCACACACGUGCACACACGCACACUUUUUGCCAACACAAGAAUGUUGUUUCUGGUAAUAAUUUCAUUACUGCGCGCACACCCUUCACUGACCGCCGUCACCUCCACCCUCCCUGUUGAGGGAAUUCCUCAUUUGCUGUAAAGCUUUUCCUCCUGAGCCCCGUUCCUACCUGAGUAGCAUUAGCGCAGCAGGCUAGCUAGCUAACACCUGCCCCUGCUGACGGGCCCUGCACACACCUGGUUGAGUUCAGGGGCUUUUUAUACACGUACGAUGCCUCGGACCAACGGCCGUCAACCACGAUGAGCUGGAAGCGUUUUGUGUGAGUGAUUGUUUAAAUGUGAGCGGGUGAAUCGCACCGCGCGGAGCAGCAUUGUGUCCUCUGGUGUUGAAUCACUUUGUCCUGGUGGAACGACGGCGACAUGAGGCGCUAACAACUCGCAGGCAGAUCGCUGUCAGCUGUUACCCGCGGGCUGGAAACUUCACAGGGAGUCCCGGCAGACACAAAGGAGGAGACGGCGUUUUCCACUCGGCAGAUUAAGAUAUUAGCGGCAGCGGGCCGCCCCUCGUUCCUCGAGCUCCUCUUAUGUAACAAUUGCUUCGGCAAUUACAAACUCUGGAAAAUCGUCCGAGGGAAAUGCGUUUGUGCUUUAGGGCGUCCCCCUCCCCCCCGUGACGGGGUAAUAACAGGCAUUCAAAUAGAAAGUGCGGUCCGGGGUCCAGACAGCAUGCUAGCGUGCACGUGACUGUCUUGUGGGUCUCCGGGUUCCACGAUGCCGAUGGUCCUGUUUCGUUGCGUGGAUGAGAUUUCUUUCAUUUCUUGGGUCUAUUACUCAUCUGUCAUAUCCACUGGAAUUGUGUACUCGUGUUCUUCUGGCACUUCAUAGCAAUAAGGCUGAGAGGAGUUAUACCGCUUAUUCUUGUUAUAUUCAAAAUGCCCAACAAUCUGUAAUCUCUCUAUAUUAACGGCUUUCCCCCCAACUUGUUCUUCAGACCUUCCAUGUUCGGUAAACGUAAAAUAUGGACAGAUCACAAACGUAGCUUUUCCCGUUAAACGCUUUCCUGGGGGACGACGUCAUGAACUACGUCUUCUGUCCACAGACCUGGACGGUCCGUGAUGCCACGUGAUGCAUUGUAGGUGCCCCCCCCCACCCCAUGUUGCCGGGGGGCGGGCCGGUUGCAAGGCAGCAGAUAGGAACAAGGUGGCUCUCGUUUAUUGCCUUCUGCCGUUGUCGUAUUGGGGAAAGUGCACAUCACAGCGGGACGCACACACAUCAGAACACACAACACACACCGAAUAAUCGAAUGACCUCCUCACAACAGCAUCAAUCCAUCUGACUUCAGAGUGGAGACGGAGAGGGAGAGGAAGGCAGUGGGGAGAGGUUCCUCAGAAAGAUUGAAAAAUAAUGGAAAUCCAUAAACAGGAAAUUACUGUAUUUAUUCAAUUUCAAAAUGUGAUGUGACCCCCCCACCGCCACCCAAUUUAUUCUAUCAGAGCUCUGGAGCAGGCCCUACCUUUUCCAAAUGAUGCUAAUGAAUAACCAUGCUGAGAGUUUCAUGUGAGCCACAUGAGGAGAUGUGAGUCUCUUCAGCCGUCCGGCUUCAGUCGGAUGGGAACCUCAAAGACGCAAACAUCAAACGUGUGGGGCGUCCCGGGGACACCUGUCUCAUUAAAACCGGCUCCGUGCAAUGAAAUGUGAGCAUUGUUGUACUUUCCGGUCGACAGGUUUAAUUUGCAGAAUUUUCCACGGAAAUGGCUGCUUGCGGGCGGUGAUGUCAUUCUCCAGAGACCCCGAUCGUUUGAUCUGAGGGAGCCGGGCUCGCUCCCAUCACACGCUGCCACCGCUUUCUGCUUUGCACGGGGCUCCAAUUUAAAUAAUUACCACACUAAACAACCAGCAGCGCGCAUCUGUCUUCUCUUAAGCCCGUGAUGAGAAAGGCACCGUGAUUAAAGAUUAGAGUGAGUUUCAACGACCCUCCAAGGGAACAACCUGAUUAAGCAAUACAGUGGUUAUCGUAGCGCUGGAACACUGCACACCUCGGGCCAUGGUCACGGGGUCCGGACCCCCCCGCCUCACCACGACAACGGAGACGUGUUUUUAAGCUGUGGCUUUUUACAUUUCUGCCGGGGAGAAAUUAGGGGUUAGGCGUCUUGCUCAGGGACACUUUGACUUGGGGCAGCCGGGACUCGAACUACCGGUUCCCAGAGCACCCUCUCUACCCCUGCGCCACGACAAAAAUUCCUGGUUUUGUGUGUGGCCGUUAGCGUCGAUCGAUGAUCCUGUCACGCAUUUUUUGUUGUUAGAGCCACUUACACAGAUUGGACGUAAUGAGAGAGAGAUUGAUUUUUAAAAAUCUUUAUUUUCUUUAAAAACGCACAAACAAGACUCCAUCCGCAUCUCCUCUUUCGUCAGCCGACCAGGAUCCUCCUCCUCCACCGGAUGGACGCCGCUCUCAGUCCACAGAAGCACCUUCGCUUCCUCUAUUUAGCUUCAGGAUGAUCUUCGUCAUCCAGAAGACUUCCUGCUGGCUGUAUCUCCCACUACCCUUCUUGCUCACGCCCUCCCGAGCAGUGCGAGAGAACUUCUCUAUUUUUUUUCCAGCUCCUCUGGCCCUCCUUCACCCCCCCGAACCCCCUGCUGAACCCCACUCACACCUUCUUCCACUCUUACCCUCUCUUGACCAAGCUGUCUGACCCCACCUGCCUCUUCAUUCACCCCCACACUCACCUGGCCCACCUGUUGGACUUCACUUGUCCCCUCCCCACACACCUGCCCUACCUGUUGGACUUCACUUGUCCCCUGCCCACACACCUGCCCUACCUGUUGGACUUCACUUGUCCCCUGCCCACACACCUGCCCUACCUGUUGGACUUUACUUGCAGCAGCACGCCGUCCUGCAAACUCUGAAAGACUGCAGAUACAGUCAAUGUGCACAUUCCCACAACGCCGUACAAAAUGUAAACUUUAGAAAGAAAUCGGCAUAAAACACCGCUAGCGCUCUCAGCUCAACACCUGCACGCUUCCUCUCAGAUCAGAGAGAGAGAUGGGGACCGCGGGCCGAUUCAUCAAUGGAGGUUGUUAAGGGCCGGGGGCAAAAUAGCCGACUGGCGUCUUCCAAACACGAUACAGAAGACGCUCCACCUGACGUCCUGUAUCAGAAAGAUGUUGUUCAUGUUCAGUUUAUUAUUCCAAGUAUUGGAUCCUAACAAAGUUUUCUAUGAGUUGCAGUUAAGAAGACAUUGAUAUCUUCUGAAGGUACCUUAAAUGUAAAAUGUAAAUCAGACGUUGCCAAUAUCAGUUCUAACCCGUUGGGUCAAGUUCCUUUUUAUUGACGAGACGUUCUGCAUUGACAUCGAGAGACGAGAUGAAGAGAAGAGCACAACACGCAAGCCUUUCACCGCUGCUGGCUAUCAAGCGUCAGAGUAAGGUGGCCUUCUGUUUGGGUCAUCAGCUCCAUCAGCUGGUCCCUCUGCCUCCGACAGCGUGAGGUCACAUGUGCGAUGGUGCUAAAACGUGUUUGGUACCAACAGCUCAUCGCUGUCCACAUGCAGCAGAGACGGAGGGGGAGAUUUCAUUUUUUCAUCUGUUUGCUGCACAGGGUGAUGGUUGGAUAGCUGAAAUAUUGAGUCUAUAAGACGAACGCAAUCAUGAACUUUUCAUCCAAUAGUACUUUCAGCGAGUGAAUCUCAGCACAAAGAAUAAAUGACAGGUUCCAUUUAUGACUCGGCCUGCAGCAAAAUGGAUCUCUAGAAGAUUUACUCAUUAUUAUUCUCCCCAGCGCACAGAUGUGACCCAGUGUUCCCAUACUCAAUUUGCAAUAUAGACGUCUUCAUAACCUGACGUUUUUUUUCACGCAACCUUGUUAGGUGAUUUGUGUCUCCAUAGUUACAGUAGACUCUUCUGAGAAGAAAGCGCUUAAAGACUUCUCAGAGCGCUAUCACACAAAUUCGCUCCAUGAGCCGUCGUACGACCUUAAUCCCAGAAUCCUAAUCAUCCUCUCAGCCCACAUCUCCAGCUGCUGCCAUGGCGACGGCCCCAGGUGGCACGCUGGUGGACUCCGAAUGGGCCUCUGAAUCGACCCCAUGUUCUCACGCUAGCGAGAGAUCAUUCCCGUCUCAAUUAGUGGCCAACAAUAGUCUCUCAGAAGUGAUCAUUUGCAAAAGAAGCCAAAAAACACAGAACGUUCGUCCCUGCCAGCCACUUCCUCCUCUCCAGUGAUGGAGACGGACGUCCCCCGUGCCCCUCAUUUCCUCUCUUGUUGGCUUUGCCCUCCAUUUCUGCUCCUUCAUCUCCAACAGUGGGAAGAGGCAAAAAGCCGCCAGCGCACUCUUGGUGCUCGUAAACCAAUCUAAUAUUUAAAAUGUCUACUUUCUGAAUGUACGUUUCAUAGUUAUGCAUGGCAGCAGAUGUUUACUGUGGUAAUUAGCACGGAUGUGGUUAGUCAAUCUCUGCUGGAGAAGUUUCUGAGGAGCUGAAGUUCAUAAACUUCAUAAACUCAUGUUUACGGUUUCAAUCUCUAGUUUAGAUCUAAUGCGACUGGAAAAGACUGAAAGAAGUAACUAGUGGAGACCAUGUUGGUGUGUGUGUGUCUGUGGGUUGUGCGUGUGUGUGCUAUUACUUGCACAUCACCUUAAUGAUGUGCCCUUUGUAUUCACUUUAAUUGGCCUGUUCGUAAUUACACGGGAGAGUUUCCUGUCUAACACACAAGGUGACCUGGUUGUGACUUUGUACUGGAGAGCCGGAGAAAAUAGAAGAAGAAAAAUUCCUCCUCAGUCCUUUCUUUGACAUCAGGAAACAAGUAACAAGAAGUCAAAUGUAACCAUGACCGGUUACGUUGCCCAAGAACCCCUGAAGAUGAAGCCCUUUCCUCCUUUCCGCAUCAUAGCCACAACAUUUCUGCCCAAAAAUACUAAAUAUGGUAGCGUAACAAACACGCUCAGAUUAAAAUAAUGGAGGUCCUAUGAACUCAAUGGCAAUCGCUCCAUCUUGGUAUUCACGGGACCAACUGAAGGAAUAUGAAAGCACCAAAGACGAUUCAUUUCCUGCGGUUCAGUCUGAUGAGCACGGCAGCCUCCAGGGACCAUUAGUGGGAUGUUGAUUUAAAAUCGUUUACAGUCAUUAGCGCCAAGACGAGGGAUUCGUGUUUUACUCCAUUUCAUGAAAAUAAUCGUACCUUUUUGAAAAAUUAGAAAACACCUCUUACAUCAAAAAGGUUCAAUACAUAAAUCAUUUUUAUUGUUUAAACAAUAAAACUGCCAAUCUUUAUUAUUUAUUUGAUCAGCGUUUUAUUUUAAUGUGGCUCCUUCAGCCAAACAUGAGUGUGAGUAAUGAUGAGGAGAUGUGUUUAUGAAUAUAUUACAUACACAUAUUAUAUUAUAUAUACAUAUUAUAUAACAACACAUGUUUAUGUGUUGUUUACUGACAACCACAACAGCAGCAAAUUCCCCAAAUCUUCGAACUUACCUGGACAUGAUGAAUCCACACGUCUCCUCUAAUGAACGUGCCGGAUAUCACGAGUUGAGGUUGUAAUGCGAAGCGACCGAUCGGAGGGUAACCGUGACAACGUGGUGUGACAUGCAUGACGAUGGAUGAAAUUCAGACAAUGAGGCGAAACGUGGACAUCGUUUGUCUCCCCUGUACUGCAACCCCCCCCCUCCCACACACACACUGUGUUGUAACAGCCGGUUUGUGUUCACCUUGUGUACUCUGAUCUAUUCCUGGUGUGUUUUACAGCAGUUUGGUUCCCCGUCGGACAGGAAAUGUGUAAACUAAACAAAGGAGGCAAACAAACAAGAAAAAUCUGUGAAUUUUGUACAAACCGUAGGAACAAGUGACUGUUUUUCUACUGAGCCUGUUAUCUCUAUGUGUUUCUCUGGUGGGGGGGGGGGGCACGUGUGGGGGGGUGGGGGUGGGGGGCCAAGACUUUUCUGUAAGUGGGCGGGAGUGUGCAAUGACGACUUGUAAUUAUUAUCAGAACUCAAGGUAUAAAAGAAAUGUCCCUCAUGAUAAAUGAAAUAAAGUGUUAUAUUUGCAUGA